AUGGCGGAGGGAACGCGCUCGCUGCGCGGCGGCAGCCCGGCCUCCAGCCCGCUGCUGGGCGGGCGGGGCCGCGCCGCAGCGGCGGCGGGGGGAAGCUUCCCGCCGGGCCACGGCUUCCGCAGGGUGACCCUCACGAAGCCCACCUUCUGCCACUACUGCACCGACUUCAUCUGGGGACUGGCCGGCUACCAGUGCGAGGUUUGCAACUUCAUGUCUCAUGAAAAGUGCCUCAAGAAUGUCAAGAUACCAUGCUCAUGUAUUGCUCCCAGCCUUGUAAGGGUUCCAGUUGCACACUGUUUUGGGCCUCCAGGACAUUACAAAAGGAAGUUUUGCACUGUGUGCAGGAAGUCAUUGGAUUCACCUGCUUUUCGAUGUGAAGUUUGUGAGCUGCACGUGCAUGCAGACUGUAUCCUGUUUGGCUGCAGUGACUGCCGGCAGUGUCACCAGGAUGGGCACCAGGACCAGGAUACUUACCACCACCACUGGAGGGAGGGAAACCUCUCCUCAAGCGCUCGUUGUGAAGUUUGCAAAAAAACCUGCGGCUCUUCAGAGGUGCUCUCUGGCAUGCGAUGUGAAUGGUGUGGCAUCCUGGCUCAUGCUGCUUGCUACAUAAUUGUCACACCAGAAUGUACUUUUGGAAGAUUAAGGAAUAUGAUUCUUCCUCCAAGCUGCGUGCAGUUAUUUUCUCGCAACUUCAGCAAACUGCAUUGUUUCCGAAUAUCAGAAAAUUUACAAACCGAAACAGAUGAAGAUGAUGAUGUUGAUGGGUUGACACUGGGAUCAGCUAAAGAUAUCCAAAUUUCAACAGAUUCGAGUAAACAAACAUUAAAGAUAUAUGAUGGGAAUGAUGCAGUGAAACGCAACCAAUUUCGUCUGAUUUCAGUUCCAAGGAUUGCAAAAAAUGAAGAUGUUGUGGAAGCUGCUUUGAGGGCAUACUACAUAAAUGAUGACCAUCAGGACUAUGAGCUUCAGACCUUUACACAGCAGGCACUGCUGUCUGAUGAUGUUAUCAACCGGAACGAUGCUGCAGAGGACAGCAACCUGAGCUCAGUGUUCCGAGAGUCUGUCCCUGAAGCUUGGAUAAUCAGGGCCAAACCAAAGGAGGAGGAGGUGAUCAGAAUUUAUCCUGCAUGGCUGAAGGUGGGAAUGGCAUAUGUUUCUCUACGAGUAAAUAAGGAUAGCACUACGCAGACUGUGAUCAAAGAAGUGCUUCCAUUACUUGGAAGGCAGACGGAGUGCCUCCAGAAUUUCAAACUGGUGGAAGUGCUUAUGGGCAGUAAGCAAGUUCAGCGCAUGGUCUUGGACAGUCAGGAGCUGAUUCUUAACAGACUCAAGGACAUAAGAAAGACUUCAGUACGUCAGAUGAAUCAAACGAGAUUUUACAUUGUGGAAAACAGUAAAUCUGUUGUACGAGUACAUUUGUUUGUUGGUGGCCUUCCACCCCAGCUUUCCCCUGAUGAAUACACAAAUAUCCUCAAAGAUGAAUUAGCUAUCAAGACAAAUGUAGUGUCUGUGAGUCAUGUUUAUCAAGCACAAGGUGCUGUUGUACUCGAAAUCUCAUGCUUUUCUGAAGCUGAAAGAAUAUAUAUGCUAGUUAAAGAUACAACUAUCAAUGACAAGCCUCUGAAUGCAGUGGUGCUUCCUGAAGUUCUGGCCUCCAAGAUACCACAGAACUGCUGCCCACUUCUUGUAUUUGUGAAUCCAAAAAGUGGUGGUCUAAAAGGUCGGGAUCUGCUAUACAGUUUUAGAAAACUGCUAAACCCACAUCAGGUCUUUGAGCUUACCAAUGGUGGCCCACUACCCGGGUUUCACACCUUUUCUAAAGUCCCCUCUUUUCGAGUGCUGGUGUGCGGAGGGGAUGGCACUGUUGGCUGGGUCCUUGGUGCACUGGAGGAGAUCAGGCACAAGCUGGUGUGCUCAGAGCCCUCAGUGGCCAUCUUACCUUUAGGAACAGGAAAUGACCUAGGGAGGGUCUUGCGCUGGGGAGCUGGCUACAGUGGGGAGGACCCCUACUCGAUUUUGGUUUCUGUGGAUGAGGCAGAUGAUGUUCUCAUGGAUCGUUGGACUAUCCUUUUGGAUGCAGAAGAACCAGCUGAAGGUGGAGAGAAUGGUCUUGCAGAACCAGAGCCUCCAAAGAUUGUGCAGAUGAACAAUUACUGUGGUCUUGGCAUUGAUGCAGAGUUGAGCUUGGACUUCCAUCACGCUAGAGAAGAAGAACCAGGCAAAUUUAAUAGCAGGUUUCACAACAAAGGAGUUUAUGUGAAAGUUGGGCUGCAGAAGAUAAGUCAUACCAGAAAUCUUCACAAAGAUAUAAAGCUUCAAGUGGACCAGCAUGAAGUGGAGUUACCAAGUAUAGAAGGACUGAUUUUUAUUAAUAUACCCAGCUGGGGGUCUGGAGCUGAUCUCUGGGGCUCUGACAAUGACAACCGCUUCGAGAAACCACGGAUUGAUGAUGGGCUGCUGGAAGUUGUUGGUGUGACAGGUGUUGUUCACAUGGGUCAAGUCCAAGGCGGUUUUCGGUCAGGAAUCCGCAUAGCCCAAGGUUCAUAUUUUCGUGUAACCCUCCUCAAGCCAAUUCCAGUUCAAGUUGAUGGAGAGCCCUGGAUUCAGGCCCCUGGCCAGAUUAUUAUUUCUGCUGCGGGACCAAAGGUCCAUAUGUUGAAAAAGUCCAAGCAGAAACAGAAAAAAACUGGAAGCCUGAGAGAUAUGAGGGUGGAUAGCACGUCAGUCUCUGAUGGAGGACGCUAAGUGGAGACCUGUGAUCAGAAGAGAAGCAGUGCACCUGCUGUAGACACCAAGAUGUUUCAGUAAAACUGACAGAUGGUGAUGAUGAUGACAGAUGGUAAAGAGUGUUGCUAUGAGUGUGCCUUUCAUUACAUUUUGAUAGUACUGGGUUCUACUUCGGCUUUCACAGAUAGUGCCUCAUUCUUACAAAUAACUUAUGUACCACUUGCCUCAUCUGAAAUGUUUACUUUGGGUUGCUUUUCCAUAAGUCAUUUCCUAGUCUUUCAUGUAUAUAGAAACUGAGGCCAAACAGAUUCCUAAAUGCUGACAUUUUUUCCCAGAGACUACUCUCCUCCUCCCAUCUUUUUCUUAAAAUCAUUCCACAGAUAAAGUCUGGUGCGUUUUUCCAUAAAUGAAAAAGUGUUCCUUUAACUUAUUGCUCGCAGUAGCCUCCCAACCUAAAAAAAAAGGCAGACACAGUUCUCUGCUGAGAACUCUUUGGAUCAUUCCAAAUAGCACAGCUGAGAAAAAUACAAAACACAGGGAUGAUCUCUAUAAAAGGAGCCCCAUGCACUGAGAAGAGAAAAACUACUAGAACAGUCAAGUCAAAAUAUUUCAGCGAGUUUACUUCAACAGUAUUUGGACAGUAUGACUGAAGGGGAAAUGGACUGUAGAGCAAGUUUUCAACAGCAGCUUGGUUUCUCCUAUAGCAUUCAGCCAAAGCCUGUUUUAAAAGGCAUUUGAAUUUCAGCAUCUACUACUCUAAUGUGAAAAAGGAACAAGAAUACCCAAGUUAGUAUUACCAUAUACUGAAUUUUCUAUCAUUGAAACCCUUAUCUUUGACACCAGACUUCUCUUGUCUCUACUUGUGCCAAUUCAUUUUCAUUAAUUUGUCACAGUUGGAUUGUUAUUUAACAGCAAGCUCAAAGACUAGAGGAAUCAUCACUAAUUACAGUAGAAGAACCAUUUAGAGUUCACUUGAAUAUAUUACCCCAGUCCUAUGUCAGAGCUGAACUGAAGCACAGCAUCACUUCACUAGGGAGCCUUAAGAGGAGGUAUUGAAGCCCGUAGUGUGUAUGUAAUGUGCUGUAGGCUUCAGAUAACUGGAAGUGCAGUGGCUGUUACAAAAUCUCACUUACCUGGCCAGCCUUCUCAAGUUCUUAUUCCAUGUUGAUAUCACAUGUGGGCCAAGGGAUGCCAGUGACUGUCUUUUCUCACUUGGAUGAAUGUGUGCUUUUCAGAAGCUGUUCUUCUGUCAGCUCCUAUGAUACUGGGAUCACUUCUCUGUGCUUACCCAUCUGCUGAAGGUGUGGGGAUCCACUACUUCUUACACAGCUUCCUGCUAGGGAGUGAUGCUGACCAGCAGACAUGCUGGUCCUGCUGUACACUGCAAACACCUCCUGUCCAUGGGUAUAGUAGUGUUCAUCUUUACACACACCUCUGCUGGUCUCAUCUCACUGUGUUUCUCCAAGUGACUGAACCUUUCACUUUGGGUCAACAUCAUAAACAAGGGACCAACUGAACCAGCUGUGGUGCGGGCAGCCUGUAUGGUUUUGCCACUUGUAUGCAUCUGUUGCUUAAGCUGUAGUGGCCAGAGCCAUUGUUCUCUGUUACACAGUUGUAAAAAUGCAGCUAUGGAUGGCAAGAAUUCAUCACUUAAGUGGCAGUUUUGGGACCAUUCCUCUUGCCAGUGUGUAGAAAAGCAUCUCCAGUGGUUUUAGGGUGGACUUCACUGUAACUUUGUAAUCUGCAAGAGCAGAGUUAAUUGGAAUUAAUUACGUGCUGAGGCAGUUCUUGCUGGGUCUUAUUGGUCAGUCUGUACUGUCUGUCAGUCUGUACUCUAAGCACCAUUAAAUCAUUACUUGUGCUUUCUUAGGGUUCUGGUAGAGAUGCAUUUAGAGGAUUGAGUCCUGUUUUCAGUGAAGCCAGCUAUUACUUGUUUAAAUUGUUAAUUUAUUUUUAGGCAUUUUUUUCAGAUACCACCAUGUGAACUACAGCUUAUCUUUUUAUUCAACCUGCAAGAUAGACUCAAGGUACAAAGGAGGUAGCGUGGAUAGUACAGAGCUAAAAUCCUUAUCUCCUAAUCAUUAAACACAGGGUUGUCUCUGCUUGAGAACCUGGGCACGAAGGACCAGCUGGAGCUCUUCUGGCAUUCUGGUACCAGCAUUACAAGUAGGAAGAGUGAAGUGCUGUAUUUCAGGGUGUGUGCCCUCUCAGGCUGAAGCUCACAAAUUAGAGAGGAAAUCUGAAAUAGGUUGCUGCUUAUAAUUGUCCAGAAAGCCAGAGAAACUGCUUUGUGUCCUCAGGGCAGCAGAAAGAAUGCGUGAUCUUUCCAGUUGCUGACUCAGUAGUGAAGAGGAAAACUUGACUUUUGGUUAGAGAAAAUAUCCAUAUGCUUUAAGUUUUCUGGUACUGAUCAUCUUCUACAGCCCAAUUAAAUAAACCCCUCUUACUGUUUUUCCUCUGUAUCAUCCUGUAGCACACAACUGACAGUGUUUCAUGUUCUUGGCUCAGAGAGGGUCUCGCUGUCUCUCUCUGUUGCUCAGUAUUUGUUAUCCGAAAUAACACAUAGCUCUCAGGCCACAGUAUUUUAACCAGAGGGCCCCUUGCUGUUGGCAUAUGCUUCCCUGGGGAUUUUCCACCCCUGGAAUAGAGUAGAAGCUUGUCUUGGGUAGUGCUGUGGUAGCAAGGCAAUGCAAGUGUGUGUGUGUGCUCCAUGCAACAGCCAGAGUGGGUCCUGGUGGAGGACAGGAAGGUUUUGAGUUUUCUUUUUUUCCCUUCCUUUCGAUUCCAAAAACUGUUCUCCGUAUAUUGUUUGAGCAGAUGAGUGCCACAAGGAAACAAGAAUGUAUCUUAAGAAAACCACACUUGGCAUUUAAGGUCUCUAUGCAUCACAAAAUGCUUCAGAGAAAAAACAGGUAUGUGCACAGUUAAAGUGGGAAAGCUUCUGCAUAGCCUUUCAAAGGAGAAACUGACUAUUUAGCCCCUCUAUUAAGCUGUCCAGUUUCAGGUACGGUAAAGGCCAGUAUAUCAAGAAUAUUUUUUUUGACAUUUUCAUCACAUUUAUUAUCUAAGAAGACCUAAUGUUUUCUUUCAUAGGAUGUAAGGCUUCCUUCCUUACAAGAGAGGAUAUAAGGCUUUGCAGUUAAUGCAAGACUUUGAUUUAUCCUUUACAUUGAACAAACAAUGCAGCAUGAUUUACAAGAUAGUGGGCAGAUAAGUGAUUCUCAGCACUGAGUCUUUCAGUAAGAUUGUCUGUGCUUUAAAUAAUGCAGUAACAGAAGUGUUGGGGAAAAGGCAGGGUUCUGCCAAGACAGGUGUUAAAUCAACAUCAGAGACACAGGUCCAGGAACCAUAACGGGAGGAGGUAUGGGCUUACAGCUGUCCUGGGCACACUCCCAUCCUCUCUCCACUUCUCUGCCUUUCUACAUUGCCUGUACACCAUGCAGGCCCAUUUAGCACAGCCAGCAUCUCUCCUGCCUUGAUACACAUCCCUCAUCUUUUACUUGUUUGCAUCUUCUGCUACUACUAGGCUGUGCCAGUACUGGGGAGAGAGGGACCCAAAAAUCACGAUUCAUUUUAAAUACCCCACUGUUGCAGAUGAAAAGGUGCUCACCAUGUUAAAAUCUGGAAACAAAUUACUUCUCCCUUGAGUAAGAGAAUCAGAAUUCAAAAGCUUGACCCUGAGAUACAGGUGCUACUUCAGGAAAUUGGCUGCUUUUUUCCCAUGGCUUGUAUACUUGAUUUGUACAGUUUAAAUUGCUGAUGUUUCCUGGCAUUCAUUUUUAAAUGAACCAAUGUUAUUUUGCCUAAAACUUUAUGUGUAUAUACUAGUGUGUACACACAUGGACACAGCCUUUAAAAUAGGCCUUAUUGUAUUUCCUUUGACAGUGCCUACUUGUACAACUUUUGCUGUGUUAGCACUCACUUCUGGAUCUUUCACCAGUUCUGGAAAGGAGGCAGAGCUUGCUUUUCUACUGCUCCCACUGGGUUUUCCUGCACAUACUUCUAAUCAGAAUGUGCUUUCCAACAAGAUGGCACUUGUUUAGAGUUGCAUGUGUACUUCUCUUUGAUCUUCUCAUGCUCUUUCUAGAUUUUAAUCAAGUCUGUGUGUCUAAAAUUAAUGGUAAUAACUCUUACACCAUUUUAAAAAAUACAAGCUGUAGCAUAGUCCACUGUAAGACUUAAAUAAGGAACAAAACUAAACUGGUUUAGACAAUUGUUCCUUAAUCUUCACAGUCACCCUCUUAAAAGUAUGGUACAGAUUGCAUUUCUUUAAAGAGCAACUAGUAUACUUGUUUUGAAAUUCAGCUGUUUGGAAUCACUAAGCGUUUACGCAUGCACGUUAUUCUGUAGCAGUCUGUUGGCAUGUAAAUGUAUCAUUAUCAAAUGAAGCCUCAUUUUUCAGCUGUAGAAGGUAAGAGGAGCUGUUGUGACACUUAAAAAAGACUUAUGUUGAAGACAAAACAUGUAGCUGUGAAGGUAUUUUAUAAUGUGCUGCCUGUGUGAACAGUCAGUGUUAAAAAGCCACCAGUCCAUACCCCAGCACUGAAACUGGGGAUGCUUUGGGGCUGUGUACUUGAGAGACCUGGCAGUUAGAUACCCUUUCAGUCUGUAUCUUGUACCUCUUCCUUACAGCAUUGAUAGGUACUCUGCAUUCUCUGCUUCUGGCAAGCUGCCUUCCUGCUCUUUGGGCACAGCCUUUAUACUGAAAAUGGUAACAAAAGCAAAGGAAUGCAGUGGUGAAUGUGUGUGGAGAGCAGGGGAGUGGAGAUCCUGUGCUAGAACACCACUCUUGAGACUGUUCAUUAAUUUCUGCUUCAGCUUCUUCCUCAGCCACUGAACAGCUGUGCAGCAAAGACUCAGCAACCUACUGAACUACUUUGGGUUCAUGGUCACAGCAUUGCCUCAUUUUCAGGACUUAAUCAUAAAUGCAUCUGUGCAUAUAUCACUUCAUGUACUUUUUGCACUUAAUGGAAAAUGCAGGUUAGAUAGGCUUGCUAGUUGGCAAAAUUGCAAUGUUUGUACUUUUUUGAAAAUAUGGGGAUGAUUCUACAAAGAUGCACUUUCAGGUAAUGAUGAAAAUAAGUUUGAAGAGCACACCUGUGUAGGAAUUUUUCUGACUGCAGUUUUCUUUUCCCCAUCCACGUUCCCCCUGAAAGUCUGCUUUAGAAUGAGAGUUGGUAUCUUUCCCUCAUCACAGUAUAGCUGACUGACAGUUCAUAUAUAUUUUUAAACAGUUACAAAUUGGCCGCUAUGCUGAGAUUUAGGUUUAUUACACUGAUUGUAUAAUGCUUAAAAGUAAUGAUAAAGUGUUAGUUAUAAUGUCAACAUUAACUGAUUUGACACUUGGCUUUUAGGAGAGAUCCAACUCAAAGCAUUUGAUCCUUUUCCUAUUUAAUGUAAUUUUUUUAAACAGUGUAACCAUUGUAUAUGUGGAAUGCAGUGAAAUGAAUGAAAUUAUUCAUCUUAGCAGGCAGUUAAGCAGCUUCCAUGUUUACAGUACAGUGACUAUUGAUUGUAAACCCAUAUGUGUCAGUUGAAACAGUGCACUUUUCCAGUUUUGGAACCACUGUUUCUGCUUCCCAUGACAAUUAAUGAAAUAGCUGCCUUCUGGUUUAGAUUCCUUGUUAUGUACCUUUGGAGAGAUUGAAAUGUGGAUUAUGGCUUUUCUGCCAUGGACUAAUUAAGACAGAAUCUCUACUGAUACAAGUGUUGCAUUGAACAUGUUUUCCAAAAUAUUUAUUUUUUGUGAUGAUAAUUUAUGAGAAUGUUUUACAAGCAAACAGUGUUGCUGAAAAAGUUGGUCUGAAAUCUUGAAAUAAAUGUCUGUAGAUAUAUCCCAAAGCAAAGUGUUUUUAAUAGGGCACUGUUACUGGUGUAGUUAUCUCUCUGAGCUCUCCUACCAACACAGCCAUUUAACAUGUCACUGUGCAUAGCUCAAGUGUGUUAUUUAGGAGAUUACUUGAUUUCAGAAGAUGUGGAUUCAAUUAUGUUGUACAUAUCCUGUAUUACACCUCUGGCAGCAGCUCUUGAUAAAAACAUCAGCUGUGGAAGGCAGAAUGUUUCCCCCUACGAAUCACUGCUGGCUGAAGAGCAGAAGCCCUCUGGUGUGUUAGAAGUUACAAGUCUGGUGACUCUUUGGCUUUUACAGUCCUCUUUCACUGUGCACAGGGUGUGCUACACAUUACUUCUUUUGCUCUCUAAAGGAAGGCACAUGUGCCUGUGUCAAACAGUUAACAGCUUGCCUCACUGUGGCAUCCUUUUCUUUGUGCUGCUGAUCUCGCCAAAUUGGGUAGCAAGAGGUGCUUGAAGAGUUACCGAGUAUUUAUUGUGUAAUUUUAGGUGCUUAUAAAGUCUUUAUUGCUAUUUUAAAGCAAAAUACUGGGGAUUUGUAGCAUAGCAAUAGCUGUGUAAGUCCAGCUUUCUCUAUAUGCCAAAAGCAAGAUAGUUUAAUUAUCAAUAGUGUAGAUAGUAGCAAUUAAUACCUUGAAGCUGCAAGUUCUGAUUAUUGAUAGGGAGCCAUCCUGCUUUGAAUGCAAAGCGUCACAGAAUCUAUAUAGUUCACUAUAGAUUUCAGUGUUCCUCCCACUUAUGAACCACCCAUGAUGUCUUAACUCUUCUCCAACUAUGGCUUAAUUAUUGCUUGAAUAACUGUUAUUCACCUCUGGUUAUUUAAAUCAUCCACUUCAAAGAGUUUUAUGCUAUUUUAAUAUCAAGAUACUCUUAAGAUGUCUUAAACUGUUUCUUGUGAAUGUUUUAAUAUAUUAGUAAUAAAUCAUCUUUGACCCAACAAGCUAAGGUAAGCUGACCAUUAAACAGUUUAGUUACUGUAGAGUGCUUAUUCUUUGUGCAUAUGCCUAGUAAUUCUCAAAAAAAAAAAAAAAAAAAAAAAGGCCUAAGUAUAAGCAUUGAAGUGAUUGAAAACUGUUUCCACGUUGUGUGCCUCAAACCAGUAAUGCAUUAUCACACAUUUACUUGUGGAUUUGUUACAGAAACAGGCUUUUAAUGAUGGAACUUGUUUCUCAAUGUCUGCCUCGCAAAUCACUAUGCUGUGGUAACUUGACUACAAAUAACUAGUGUACUAAUUGGUAUUAAAAAAAAAAAAGUAAUUUAUAAAAGAUGGAUUUUCUAUUUAAACAACUGUUUGUCCUUGGGUUAUGUUCUUAGACAAUUCUGUAUAUAUUUUGCAAUAUGUGUUUUGUGUUUAGUUUGAUUGUACAUUUUGCACUGGUUUCAAAUUCUGUAUUCUAAGUAUUAUUUACAAGAUCCAGAGAUCUGUAACUAGACUUUCUGUGAAAAAUACAACAUCUCUU